AGCUAAAUAAGUUUAGUUAACAGAAGUAGACUGAAAAGCCAUUAAUAACAGUAUGUGGCAUGAAAGCUCUUUAACAACAACUUGUGAGCAGACGUUUGUAGCAAGCACAGCAAAAUGUAUGUACUUGGUGGUAAGCGAUGCAAAACACGCUUGCCUGGGCAGCAAGCAUAGAAAAACAUGUUACCUCAGAGGAAACCGUGGAGAAACGUGCAGCCUGGUCUACAUUCACGGCAAAACGCGGGAAAAUAUGAAUACACCUAACAUAUUAAGUAACGAUCACGUUGUUAGUUUUUUAAGAAUGCUCCUUGCAACGAGUUAGCAACAAUUAUCUUUCGUUCUCUUUUCAGACAAGCCGGAAGAAGAGAAAAAACCCACCAUGUCUGCUUCAGAGCUCCUGAAAGCGCACGAGAAAGAUAUCAAGCGUAAUCAUUCCCGUUGUGCGAGCACUUCAGCCCCGCCAGCUCAAAACAGUGCAGCUGACACCCCUAUGCUUGGGCGUGGUCUCGCCCCGGGAUCCGAUCUUUUCUUUGACGAAUCACCGAAUAUCAAGAAACGAAAAUCAAAUGACGUAGAAAGAGCUAAGUUAAGAGCUUUGUCAGUUGUGAGACAGAAAGGGCCCAUAGAGAAAGAGGACCCCAACGCCGUGCGAAAGAAAUUAUCUCCAAAGGCAAAAGAACAAAUCAUGAAGAAGACAGAAGACAGCGGUAAAGAAAACGAUGAACACAGUGCAGAUCAAGAUUGUAGAAAGAAAAGAAGACGAAUAUUAGGACCAGAAUUUGGUUCCAUAGAUCUGAGUUCCGAUGAAGGCAAAAAGUUGCUGGCAGCAAAAUCGCAACAUGUCGGAGCUGUUCGAGCUGCUGAAGCUGAAAUCCAGGAAAAGUAUUUUAACGAAUUAGAGAAAAAAGAACAGCUGGAGGAUAAGAUGAAAACAAUCACAGAAAUCAAAGUGAAAGUAGUGUGCUGUAAACAGUGUAAUUACGUAGCAGAGAGUGCUUCAGAACUGUGUCGCAAAGAAAACCACUCACUGAAGUAUAGCAAAGCGCUCAAGAAGUUUUUCGUCUGUAAAGUUUGCAAACAGCGCACGGUAACUUAUGGAGCACCUAUUCCCAAACACCCGUGCAGGCAAUGUGGUGCUUCUAACUAUGAGAAAACAUCUAUGUACAAGGAAAAAGAAGGCCCGAAAAUUGGAGGAGAGACUUUACUUGUCAGAGGAGAAGAGCUUCCAAAAUUUCUUAACAGUUUAAAAUAGCAAUUUGUAAAGAAAAUUGAAUUUUCAAUUUUAAUAACAAGUUUUUAAACAAGUUUAUCUAUUUAGCAUUGUUAAUAUUAAUUAUUUGUUGUUGCCGGAUUUAACUGUACAGAAAAAUACAAUCACCAUUUUAAAUACCCAGUUUUAAAUGGUAUAAAUGUUGAAUAAACGUUUUCAGUUAGAGUUCUAUUCUUUCUUGCCUUUUUCUUGAUAGACUUCUUUCGAAACUGGCUCCCAGGGCGCUCUUCCAUUUGAAGGGAAAAGCGCGCUGGGGACGAAGUUGACGUCUUGCUUCUCGCAGAGUACAUCUCCUCCUCUCCCCCUCCCCCCAACCCCCACCC